GCAAGGCUAUCUUUCUCAUACAAGAGCCUGUUUCUCUUCUCUAAAUCUUAACCACCCCCCAUUUUCUAAGGACUUCAGCACAUAAGUACUGAGCUUCCGUACAAGCAGACUACAGAAACUGACAGACAGCGGCGUCUGAAGUCUACUGGUCUACCUCAUGGAUUAUGGUCUGAUCAUCUUUGUGCUCACAGGAGCACUGGUCAAUGUUGCCUCUGAGCAAACUCGUCAAUACUACUUUGUGAAUACGCCACUGAACUGGACUGAAGCUCAGAGCUUCUGCAGACAGGUCUACACUGACCUGGCCACCAUAGAAACCAUAUCUGACGUCAGUACCGUACUCCGCACCACACCGAGCUACAGAGGCAAGGCUUGGAUAGGCCUCUAUAAUAAAGACUGGAGAUGGUCUCUGAGUGACAACAGCUUCUAUGGUGAAGCAGAUACUGGGUUUAGAAACUGGGCUGCUGGACAUCCCGUAAAUGGACAGGAAUGUGUGGGGAUUGGAAUCAACGUUUGGUAUAACAUAAAUUGCAACAACAUUCAACCCUUUGUGUGCUACAACGGUUCAGUAAAUGACACAUCAUCCUUUGUAAAGAUUGACAAACUUUUGAACUGGAUCGAAGCUCAGAGCUACUGCAGGGAGAAUUACGUCGAUCUAGCCAGCAUACGAAAUCAGGCAGAAAAUGACAUCAUCUCAAAACUGGUAGAUGUUUACUUAUUGUGGAUCGGUCUGCACUGGGAACGACUGUGGUCUGAUGGGAGCACGUCUCUGUUUCAAAACUGGGCCUAUGGGCAAACAGACAGCACAGAGCAGUGUGUCACCACAGCGUUCAAUAACUCAGGACUGUGGUCAGAUGAUAACUGCUCCCUCACUUUCCCGUUCAUCUGUUACUCAACAAUUCCUCCAAACGCAGAAAGCUUCAGAUCAAUAGCACAAGAUGAGACCAGCAUCACUCUGCAGUGGAAUAAAGUGAACAACAACAUCAGCUUUAUUCUCCAGUUUAAUGAUGCAGAGAUCAACAUCACUGCACCAGAUGGAGAUGGACCAGUAACUUACACAGUCUCAUCUCUCACUGCUGCAACUGAAUACACAUUCACUCUCUACUCUGUGUUUGAGAACAUCAGAAGCAGCGGAGUGAGCAUUACUGCAUUUACUGGCCCUAAUUAUGUUCUUGUUAUGAACAUAGAAUUAGAGUCACUGACUCAGCUGUCAGACUCGGACCUGCAGAGCCUGUUGGAGGAGGUGUGUACCAUAACAUCAGUGUGAUUGGUGGAUUAAGUCUUUGCUCGGCGGGGGAUUGGUGGCUGCAGUUCCAGCUGGUGGCAGAUGAUUGGCUGCUCCCUUAAGGCUUGCUAUUUAAGUGGAUAAGAUGGCGGCGACCAGCGCGGGCGUCUUGGCAUCUUCCUUCUCUCCCAAGAGGCCACAGUUUUGAUCUUGUUUAAGAGUAGUAAGUAAUCAGAUUACUCUCUAAUUAAGUUUAUACUGUGAAACACAGUAAUCAGAUUACUCUCUAGUCAUCAGGUUACUCAGUGUAAAACAUAGUAAUCAGAUUACUCUCUGUUAUUAGGUUCUCUCUGUGAAACAGUAAUUAGAUAACUCUCUAGUUAUUAGGUUACUCUGCGUGAAACGUAGUAAUCAGAUUACUCUCUGGUUAUUAGGUUCUCGCUUUGAAAUAUAGUAAUCAGAUUACUCUCUAAUUAAGAGGUUACACUGUUAAACAUAGUAAUCUGAUUACUCUCUAGCCAGAAGGUUACUCUGUGUGAAACGUAGUAAUCAGAUUACUCUCUAAUUAUUAGGUUCUCUGUGUGAAACACAGUAAUCAGAUUACUCUCUAGUUAUCAGGUUACACUGUGUAAAACGUAGUACUCAGAUUACGUUCGUGAUUUCAGGUUACUCUGUGUGAAACGCAGUAAUCGGAUUACUUUCUAGUUAGGUUCUCUCUGUGCUAUAAUAUAGUGGGCUAAUAAUACACUAUAUUAUUACUGUUCGGGUUACUGUUUAAUUCUGAGUUAUAGCUUUAUUUAUCUAAUUUUACUGCCAUGUUGUCUCUUUAAUUUAGCAUGUUUUAUUAUGCAGUUUUAUAGUAGGCUAAAUGAACUUUGUUUGUACAGCCUAACUAUCAUGUGAAUAUAGUAGAUUAGUAGAGUAAAAAACUCAACCACCUAAAACAAGCUCCUUUGGAGGGUCACUUAAGUUAUUAAUUUUUAGUCCUUUCAUGAGAGUCAGAAGUACUCGAAAGCCAAAACUUCAGCUGAGAGCAGCACGAGAGCUCCAGCGAUGGAAGGAGAGGAAGAGGAGGAGGGUGGAGGAAACUUUAGCUAUUGUCUCUAUUUAUGAGGAAAAUAUCUAUCUUUUUCAACAUGAUUUUUCUUACUAGAUAUUCUAUUUGCUUGCGAUUUAAUUCUUCUAACCCUUCUAACCCCCUGUAUAUCUGUGUAUUGAAAUCUUGAAAUAGCACUCCAUCAUUCAUUGGUACUAAAAUUCUUCCAUACUUCAAACUAGUUUACUAAUAACCUACAAAAACAGAAAGAAAACAUAAAUUAACACAGGUGUUCAACACAACACGUGUCUAUUAGGUUAUCAUUACAGUUGCUUGGUUGUUCCUGUGGAAUACAUGACAAAGGUCAAUCAUGAUUUAAUACUCACAAUCAUCACAUUUAAGCAUACGUUAGCAAUGCGCUGCUGGAAUUGAUUUAUAAAGGCUUCAGUGAGACUUUCGGCAUCUUUAAAAUCAAGCCUGAAAGGUUGCCUAACAGCGAGGAGUUCUGCGCUGGCUGUUCCUCUGCACAAACCCAGAGCAGACAGUGAUCUCUAACAGUUAUAAUAUAAAAAUAAUCACACUUGAUCCCCUUUUUCUAAAACUCUGUUUAAAAACACGAAGAACGCUUUUGCAAAAUGUAGAAUGAACAUUCCUUGAUGUUCUGAUCCCUUUGAAAUUCCCUGAAAUUUAGUAACAGGUGGUUGUUGGAGGAGCGUAGGACAGCAGAUUUAUGAACUCAGUGUACUUGUGUUAAUUAAUCAAUUAUUAAAGACAUAUCUAGAUAUUUUAUAAAUCCUGAACUAAACUUACUCUGUCUUUCUUUUCUUUGGAUUUAACGUCAGUCCCUAUUUUCUUUUUUCUUCCCCCGUCUUUCUAAUUUUUCUUCUACUACAAAUUAUCAACACUCCACCACCCAAACUCUUUUGGGGUCAGUCUUCAAACAGUUCUUUUUCAGAAAAUGUUACAGUUUUCAUGGCCUCUGACAGUCUGACGAUUUGUGAUGUUGAUCAUGCUGAGACAGAGAGCUCUUCCUUGGUGAUGUCUCUGUCAGCACUUGGUCUCAUGUGAGAGCAUUUUGGCUGGAGUUCAUUUCCCUGUGAAGCCUUCUUGACCUUUUAAACUCUGUGCUGUUAGGUUCACAGUCUUUAAGGUGAUGUUUUCUUCUUUAUGAUUCAACUGUAGAUGGUAGGUGUGGUCUGACUGGCUGCUUCCUCAGCACUGGAAAGACACUUACGUCAGUGGAGGUGGGGUUGGGCCUGUGGUGAAGCAGGUUGGCACGCCUCUCUGUAUCACUGCUCGUUUCUGGCCCUCCCUCUCUUCCUCACAGACAGAUUCUGCUGUGUCCAUUUUCAAGCUGCUCUCUCGCCUUCUUCCUCUAGCAUGAAACUCCAGAGCUGUCAUCGUGUCCAGUGUAGCUCUGUCUCGCUGUUGUACGUUAGUCAUCUCUGGGUAUGUUGUGCUCUGCAGGUGCCUUGGUUUAUGGGCAGACUUUUGUCUUUCUGCCAUCUGUUUUAACUUUUCACUUCUUUGUUUGGGAGUUGUUGUUUUUUUUUCUAUUCAAAUCUAGCGCUGGUCUCUUCCUUAUCUAAUAUAGCUUCUCUUUUUCCAUCUCUCCUUUCUUUCCCCCCUUUAAAGACCCUAAUUCUUUUGCCUGUACUGGCCCUUCAAACAUACUUAUAUCUUCCUUCCACUUGCCGUAUAUGCGUUUCUUCAUCUAGGGACAAUUCAUUGAAAAAUGUUGUGUUUAAUCUCAAGGAGCUAUUCAACUAAAAAAUAAUCAAAGCAGAUCUUACUAAAAAAUAACUAACUUCAGUGACUGAAUCCAUACUUGAGAAACUAAAAACUAUUCAAAUAUCAAAUUAAUUUUCUCACAUCUAAAACAAAAUUGAUGGCUCUCAAUCCCUUCUCUAACGUAAAUCCUUCAUAGAUAAUACCUCACAUUGCUGCCUAUCUCCUGUACUUCUAUGUUUCAAUACAUUAGCAAACUUUAUUAGAUGUCAUAUCUUUAUAAGUUCACUCCGACCAAAAAGUGUCUUCAGCCUGUUAUUCUGAACUAAAUUUCCUUUAUUAUCAUAGUACUUUAGUAGGCUGUUUCAAAUGAACUUUUCCUCCUUAUCCAGUUGUUAUAUUAUAAAGGCUCAACAGAUCACACAACUGUCAUAUAACUUUUGGAUCAGCUAAAGUUAGGGCUGAACUGCUCUCUUUUUUCCUCUCUCUGCCUGCUGUCCUCCCCCCCUAACAAACAUUUAGCACAAACACUAGUCACACUCAUACGCAGCUCCUGCCUACAUCAAUCAUACGUUUGCACCCAUCUCUGACGCACCAGUGGUUCUUAAUUUGUGUACAACUUUGUUUUCUCUUUUUUAGUGAAUUUAGUUCAUUUUUAGCAAAUUCGGUUCAACUUUUAACAAUUUAUUUUUGUACUUUAACUAGGUUCAAGGGUGAGGAAGCUUUCAUAAACUUCACCUGGGCAGAGAAUCCUGUACUCAGACACACUAUUAUGCAUAAAUU